AUGACAGGGUUUGCAUUUGAGGGAAAUUGCGACUGUCUCGAAGCAGCAAAAAAUGAUAAUGGAUUUAAUGAACUUAAAAAACAAAAUGAGGAGAAGGAUAAGAAGAUUGCUAGCUUGGAGUACCGCGUGGCAGACCUGGAGCAGUAUACCCGCAUGAAUGGCAUUGUUGUCAGCGGCUUGGAGAUCAGACCCAGGUCUUACGCCAGAGCGGUAACAGCGAUGGACUGUAGGGAGCUCACUGAUCCAGACAUGAACUCCGUGGAGCAACAGAUGCUGGAGCGCAUGCGCAGUGCGGCUGUUCUCCGGCCGCCAGGCGGCGCUGAUGCUGCUGUUGGAUCCAGUCACUCUCCGCUCCUUUAUUUCCGUGUUCCGAUCCGCAUUCCGCACAAGGGCACAUUCUGUCCGAUUGUCUGCUCGGUAGUGAGCACAGAUAACUACCAGACGCUGCUGGACGCCGGUCUGCCGCAGAAGGUCGCCGAGAGCCUGGACAACAUCUUCCAGACAGGUGAGACGGACCGUCUGGACCCCUCAAACCGUCACGCCCUUUGCUCUGAUUGGUUGCAGAAUAAGAGCGCCUUCCUGUGCGGCGUGAUGAAGACGUACCGACAGAGAGAAAAGCAGGGCAAUAAAGUGCAGGAGUCCACGAAAGGCCCAGACGAGGCCAAGAUAAAGGCUCUGCUGGAGAGGACGGGAUACACUCUAGACGUCACGACAGGCCAGAGGAAGUACGGCGGCCCUCCUCCAGAGGAAGUGUUUUCCGGCCCGCAGCCCGGCAUCGGCACCGAGGUGUUUGUGGGGAAGAUCCCGCGGGAUCUGUACGAGGACGAGCUGGUUCCUCUGUUUGAGAAGGCCGGCUCCAUCUGGGAUCUGAGGCUGAUGAUGGAUCCGCUCACCGGGCAGAACCGCGGCUACGCCUUCAUCACCUUCUGCAGCAAAGAAGCCGCGCAGGAGGCUGUCAAACUGUGUGAUAACUACGAGAUCCGGUCGGGCAAAUAUCUGGGCGUCUGCAUUUCUGUGGCCAACAACCGUCUGUUCGUCGGGUCCAUUCCAAAGAACAAGACCCGGGAGAGUAUCCUGGAGGACUUCGGCAAAGUCACAGGUGAGGUGUCUGCAGCAGGUGUGUGUACCGAAUACCGGCACAUGUCGGUCACAGAGGAGCUGCUGGAGAACACCUUCUCUCAGUUCGGCAAACUGGAGCGCGUCAAGAAGCUGAAGGACUACGCCUUCGUUCACUUCGAGGAGCGAGACGCCGCAGUCAAGGCGAUGCAGGAGAUGAACGGGAAGCAGCUGGGCGGUGAGCAGAUCGAGAUCGUGCUGGCCAAACCUCCAGAUAAGAAGAGGAAAGAACGACAAGCUGCCCGACAGACCAGCAGAAGCUCAGGGUAUGACGAGUAUUAUUACUACCCUCCCCCCCGCAUGCCUCCUCCGGGGCGUGGCCGCGGGCGCGGUGGGCGGGGCGGAUACGCCUACCCGCCCGAUUACUACGGUUACGAGGAGUACUACGACGACUACUAUGGUUACGAUUACCACGACUACCGAGGCGGCUAUGAUGACCCCUACUACGCUUACGACGACGGCUACUCCAUGAGGGGGCGGGGCAGUGGGCGGAGCCGUGGAGCUCCGCCUCCCCCCAGAGCCCGCUCGGCUCCGCCCACCCGCGGCAGGGGUGGGUAUUCCCCGAGGGGAGGGGCUCCCAUGGGCGGGGGAAGGGGCCGCGGCGGGGGAAGGGGCGGGCCCUUCCAGGCCCCCCGGGGCCGCGGCAUCAGAGGCGCGCGAGGGAACCGCGGCGGUAAUGUGGGCGGGAAGAGGAAGGCAGACGUGUUUAACCAGCCGGACUCCAAACGCCGGCAGACCAACCAGCAAAACUGGGGCUCGCAGCCCAUCGCCCAGCAGCCCCUGGGCUCCGACUACGCCGCCGGCUACGGCUACAGCAACGAUUCGCUCGAGUUCUCCCAGGACUCCUACGGCCAGCAGUGGAAGUAGACGCGCAGCCCGCCCUCGUCCUGGCCAGCUGUGUUUGUUUGACUUUUCUAUCCUCCAGUAGCCCUGUAGAUUCUGUCCGUGGCCUCGGCGGGACGCUUGUCUUAAACAGACACAACACUUUUAUUCCCACAUCCUCCUUGUUUUAAACUCCACCAUGAGCGUUUUAAAGAAGACACUGAUACUUCCGAGCAAGCGUGUGCGUGACAUGAGGGACGUUCAAUCAUGAAAUGGCCUUCCAGAAAGAUGUCGUCCUUCCUCCGUUCUCAUCGUCUCUCUCUCUCUCAGUGCUAGUGGCAUAGGGACUCGCUUGUAAAUAAUGGCUGUCGACUAGAGCUUUCUUUCAGCGUUUCCUUUCACUUUUUGUCGUUUUUUUGCAGAAGUGGAGAAAAGAAUCCACGAGAAGGGGGGGAAGAGUUUUGUAGCAGGAGUGCUGUUUAGGUGUCUGUUUAGCAUUUCUAGAAGUAGUCGAAGUGUGUUUUUUAAAAACUGAUAUACUGAUGUUAUAACUCAAGAUGUUUUUUUCCAUUUGGGAUUUGCUGGUGAGGGUUUGGUCUGGCUUACCUUAGUAGCUACGGUCCGCUGGUCUGAUGUUUGUAUUUAUAACUUUAAUUUUUUUGUUUGUUCAGUUAAAAUAAAACUCGAUAGAGCAACUUCCA